AUGUCCAUUCAAGCCCAGGCUGUGACCUUCACCGACUUCGGCAAAGAUCUUCCCAAUGUUCUCAAACAGACAAAGUUCGUCAUUGAUCCUGCCAACUUGAAGAGCAACCAGUUGGUGCUCAAGGCUCUUGCCAAUUCUGUCAACCCAUCUGAUAUUCAUGAGAUUUUUGGAGGAUACAGAAUCCCCAGAACGCAAUACUUGAAUCCAGAUGAGCCACUCUAUGUUGGUGGAAACGAAGGUGUUUUCCGCGUAGUUGAAGUUGGUUCAGAUGUAAAAUUCAAAAAGGGUGAUUGGUUGAUUGCAAAGUUGCCAGGAUUUGGAACAUGGAGAAGUUAUGCUUUGGCUACAAUCGAGGCUGAUGAUCCUGAACCUUUCAUCAAGAUCUCGUCGGAUGACGACGACAGCUUAUCUGUAGAGCAGGCUGCUACCAUUUCUAUCAAUCCUCCCACUGCUCUUCAGCUCUUAAAUCAAUUUGUCAAGGACUGGGCAGAUGAUGGUAACGACUGGGUUAUUCAAAAUGCGGGAAACUCGCUGGUAUCUAAAUUUGUUACCCAAUUGGCUAAGUUGAAGAAUGUAAAGACGAUUUCAAUUGUUAGAGAUGGAAAAUCAGAUGAAGAAAUCAAGGAGUUGCAGGACUUUCACGCUACUAAAGUGUUGACCGAAUCUGAGUUCUUAGCGGAAGAUUUCCUCUCUAAGACUUUGCCAGCCUUGAUUGGUCCAAAGGGAAAAGUCAGAUUGGCUUUGAACUCUAUCGGUGGUGGUGAAGCAGUUACGCAGCUUGCCAACUCGUUAUCGCACGACGGUUUCUUAGUCACUUUUGGUGUCAUUGGUGGAGGUCAGAUUUCCAUUGAUCCUAGAAUUCAGUUGUUCAAGAACAUCACCACUGCUGCCUACUGGUUGACUGCCAAUACUAAGAAAAACCCACAGUCGAAGGUUGAUACGGUUCAAACUCUUCUUGAAUACUACAAGCAAGGGAAGAUUGUUGAUACUCCUCUUAACAAGAUCCAGUUCAAGGAAAAUGAGAAUAUCCAAAAGGUAUUUGUCAAUGCCAUCGUUAAUUCUAAAGACGGCAAACAGGUAAUCUUCUAUGAAUAG